UCUAAUGGUUGGGUAAGGGGCUGGGUUUGUGAUGUCAGGCUGGAGGAAACAGAUAAAACGUUUAGCGCGUUAGUUUGAUCUGAUGUGGAGAUGUGGAGAGCGCAUGCAGCAGGACUGAGCCUGGGAAUAUAGACACACACGGAGCGCAAGAGGACUCUCCGCACCAUCUCAAGGUGAUCCAAAGAGCCGUUUUCACUUGGACCAGCAUGCCAAAAAGACAAAUCUCCUUUCAGUGCCUCCACAUUCUUGGAUAUUGAUCCAUAUUUUGAGAAAAUAAACUCUUUUAAGCGGACUUUCACAGCUCCCUGGUAUCUGAAACACUCCACUGUUAGAAUAAAUCUCGACAGACUUUUUAUUUGUCCGUUUUGGCGGUUUAUUCGCAGAACGAAGCGUGACCGCGAGCAUUUGGACGCGACCCAUUGCGCGCCGGUGAAAGGUGGCAAUCUCAAAUAACCUUUAUCCAGCGUUACAUCUCUCCAAACAAUCUUACACUGUACAGACAGCAAGCUAUGUAAGUCUGCAACCAACCGCGGUAUUGUCGUUUUCAUUCGACCACAAUGAGGAUACAUCGUUGCGCGCGUAAAUGAACUACAAGUGAAUAACAAUUAGAUUUUUACGCAGUCAUUGCGCGCUAAAGAGGUAGUUUUGAGGAGAUCCCUGAAAAAACUCAAAAGCAAGGAGGAACCAUUUAAAGUAGAAAGUUUGCUGUCACUCACUCAUUAAUUCCGACAUCCAAUUACAUAAAUGGUAAAUUAAGUGAAAAACAGACUCUCCACCUUAAUGCACUGAGAAUUUCGACUUCCCUUGUCAUUAGCCUACAUUUAAAUUUUUAAAAUACAAUUAAGUAAAAUAAAAACUCAUUAACAUUAACCUAUUGUAAAUUAAACACAAUUUAUGCUAUAAUUAAUGAAAAAAAGGCACCCCCCAAAAUUUAAGCAAAUUAACUAUUAGCUCCCUUCCCAAGUGCAAUUCAAAACAAAACAAACAAACAGAUGCCCACGCGUUGAAAGACACAGCUUCACCUCAAUAAAAUGAUGUUUUUUAGACUACUGGUUAUUAUCCUUGCAGUAUUUCACACAUGGCCGCUAAACAGGGCUCAGCCAGAUCAUAUCCAGAAGUAUAAGCGGACACUGGCACAGAGAGCGGAUCGAGCGCUUGCUGGAGAACAGUGCGGCUCAAUCAGCCGCAAGCGGCCACCGCGCUCCGCGGCGCAGCAGUACCCUCUAGCGGGCGUCGCUGGACGGUACACUCGCUUGAUAGACUUGCACUUAAGGAAAAGUAAACCGGUGAGGUCGUGUUCAGGUGAGUGCGGCUCUAGUGGCAUAGAUGCGGUUGAAUUAACUAACUGGGAUAUUAAUGAGAAGGAGACAUUUGAUGAACCCCAAGAAGAGACUUUCAUAUGGAAGAAAGAAGGCAAACAGUUACAGAGGGCCACUGAUUCUGCCUCUAGAAAGUCCAUAUCAGAAGGACACCCUUUACAGACAGAACAGGGAGAUGAAUUGACAGUCAGCUUGUCCUCGCUAAGAAGGGUUGCAAGGAGCCUUGUGGAGUUCAACAAAGAAGAAGUCCCAAAAUAUACACAGCACACUCGUAUCCACCACACUGACUUCUUUACAGAAAAUGAAGAUUAUUCCGGGGAGCAAGAGGGGCUGCAGAGCACUGCUGGGGAGCUGUGGAGGGCAGAUGUACGCAAUUUGCCUGCAAAGUGGAUGACAGCCGUGUAUUUUGGCGGCCAGGCAGAGCAACUAAAGGGGAACCCUGCCUUUGGCAUAGACCUGCCCCGCUCCAGGUUCACUUUAGAGCUGUGGGUCAAGCCAGAGGGUGGCCAGAAUAAUCCUGCCAUCAUUGCAGGCGUAUUUGACAACUGCUCAUAUCCCUUGAGCGAAAAAGGUUGGUCUGUUGGGAUUCGAGCAGCAGACCCUACAGGAAGAAAAGACGGCAGGUUUUUCUUCUCCCUUCGCACAGAUCGGGCGCUCAAAUCCACCACUAUAAUCGCACACAGGCGCUACCAGCCCAACAGCUGGACUCAUGUGGUUGCCAGUUAUGACGGCCACAAGAUGGUGCUGUACGUAGACAACUCCAAGGUUGGCGAGAGCAGAGAACAGUCGGGUGACCUAUACAGCCCCUACAUCAAGGCCUGUCGCCUGUUUUUGCUUGGCGGGGACCAGUCAGAUCAUGAACACAGUUUCCGUGGACAUUUGGGAGGUGUAUCUCUAUGGGGUUAUGUGCGCACUCACGAAGAACUUCUUAAAGGUCACCAAUCCCAUGCAGAGAAACAAACACCCAUAUUGUCACAGUGGGCAGAUUUCUCUGAGAUUGAGAAUCAAUGGGCGCCCUACAAAGACCGUCACAACCCAGUCAUUGUGGCUCUUCCUGUUCCAGAGCGGCAACUUGUUUCUCCAUUUCUUCCGCCUCCAUGUGGCGUGACCGUGUGUGACAAUGCUGACUUCGUCCUCAGUUACAACCAGCACUGGCAACUGCGAGCAGAGAAGCGUCUACGCUACCGCAUCGUGAACAUCUGUAAGGAUGACGGCAGCGACCCUACGGUCUCUCUCCAGCAGAUCCAGCUCCAACACCAGGCCUUGGAAGAUGCCUUCCGUCCUUACAACAUCACCCUUGAGCUCAACAUUCACACCAUCUACAACUCUUCCCUCCAGCGGCGCUUCAUCCUCAGCAACUGCCACAUUGCCAAGGUGGGGAACCGCCACUGCGAUCCCGAGUGCGACCAUCCUCUUACAGGCCAUGAUGGGGGUGACUGCUUGCGCAUGGGGCCCUGCUACAACUGGAAGCGGAGGGAUGGAGUCUGCAACCCAGAGUGCAACAGCAUUCACUAUGAUUAUGAUGAUGGUGAUUGCUGUGACCCCGAGGUCACAGAUGUCGCAAAGACCUGCUUUGAUCCCGAGUCUUCUCAGAGGGCUUAUCUGAGCGUGAAGGAACUGAAGGAGCUGCUCCAGCUGAGCGGUUCAGAGACUCUCAACGUGUUCUUCGCUAAUAAUUCGGCACGCGAGGAGCUUGCUGGGGUUGCCACCUGGCCAUGGGCAAAAGAAGCUCUUACUCAUCAAGGCGGAAUGAUUCUUAACCCCUCCUACUUUGGUACCAAAGGACACAACAACACCAUGAUCCAUGAGAUGGGUCAUAUUUUGGGACUGUACCAUGUGUUUAAGGGUGUGAGUGAACGGGAGUCAUGCGAUGACCCCUGUCAAGAGACCACAGCAUCAAUGGAGACGGGAGAUCUGUGUGCUGAUACAGCACCAACACCAAAGUCUAAAGUUUGUCAUGACCCUGAUCCAGUCAAUGACACAUGUGGCCUUACCCACUACAAAAACACACCCUACAACAACUACAUGAGUUACACAGAUGAUGACUGUACAAACCAUUUUACACCCAAAGUAGCUCGGAUGCACUGCUAUAUUGAUUUGGUCUACAAAACCUGGGUCCAUGGCAGAAAGCCCACCCCCGUUCCUCUUGCACCAGUGGUGAUUGGUCAAGAUGCAGAUUCCGUCACCAUUCAUUGGCUGAACCCAAUCAGUGGGCCACUUGCCCAAAGGGAAGGUGACAUGAGCUGUCAUCUCUGUGAUGAGAAUGGAGCACUUCAUCAGUAUGCCCAUGAGGCCACUUCUCCUCAUGCCUGUGAUUCCACUGGAUACUGGACACCAGAAGAAACAGUGGGGGCUCCUGAUGUGUACCAGCCAUGUGAGCCCAGCAUGCAAGCCUGGAGUCCUGAAGUUAACCUGUAUGAGCCCAACAUGACUACGCCAUGCCCCCAGAUCGAGGGAUGUGUGUUGGAAUUGCACUUCCUUCACCCGGUUGUCCCUGACACUUUGACUGUAUGGAUCACUUACACCUCAGCCAAUCAAAAGGCAAUUGCUAAUAUUGUGCUCAUAACUGAGAAUGGCGAGAUGCUCCACACAGGUCCUCAGCAUGCUUUCUGUGACAUUCCUUUGACCCUUCAUUUUCAUACUAGUAAGAAGGUCAAGGCCAUUAAAAUCUCCACCUUUGAUAAGAAGCUGGAGAUCGAUGCUGUUUUGCUGACCUCACGGCCCCAAAAUCCUCUCUGCUCUGGCUGCCGCUCCCUUCUCUACAGAGUGCUUAGAGAACCACCAAUCAGAGACGACCAGAGUCCCGUCAUCGUCAAAAAGCCCACAUACACUGACAGUGAUGUGCAGAGGGACGUUCAGUACCUGUACAGGAUCCAGGUGGAAUCAGACGGUUUGUUCAGUGAACUUUCCCCAGGCCUGGUUUACACUCAUGGAGAACAUUUCUGUGGUGAUGGCACACUACAGGGGACUGAGGCUUGUGAUGACGGGAAUCUCUUAGAUGGAGACGGCUGCUCAAAAAAAUGCCAAGUUGAACCAGGUUUCAAGUGUCAUGGUCGGCCGAGCCUGUGCUAUGUUUUUGAAGGGGACGGAGUGUGUGAGGAGUUCGAAAGACGUUCCAGCGUCCAGGACUGUGGCUUUUUCACUCCCCAGGGGUACGCUGACCAGUGGGCGUCCACCGCCUCGGGCUCACAUCAGGAUGAGAGCUGCCCUGCCUCAAAGGUCACUGGGGAGCCUGUGCUCACUCAGAUGUGCAAGUCGCAGUAUUUUGACAUUAAUGAAGUAAUGGCUCAUGACGCCUGGAGCCCCUGUACUGCCCAUUUGAAUGGUUACUAUACUCAGGAUCAGCCUGUCUGGCUAAAGGUAGGAUUUGAGCGACCGGGUAUAGCAGCCUCUGUUAUUAUCUACCUUGCUUAUGAUGGUAGUUGGCAAUAUGAAAAUUGCAAGAAAACAGUGACCAUUGAACUGUGUGACACCACCGGAAAAAAACACAAUCUUGGUUCGUAUGAGCUGUCGUGUCAGUAUAACCCCCUAGUGGUGAAUGUGACUCAUAACCUGAGUGUGCCCUUCUACCAGACCUCAGCAGUGCAGCUCAACUUCUCCUCCUCUCAAGUGGCGGUGUUGGCAGUUGCAUUGCGUACAUCUUGUCACUUCAGCGCCUUUGCCCUGACCGGAUGUGUGCGUAGGCUGUGCAGUACUGAGUCAUGCAGUCCUCUAAACAUUGAACAUGCUUCAGUCCGCUGUACUCCAGUCUCAGACUCCAAACACUGCUCUGUUUCUUGUCAUCGUGGCUAUAUUCUCACCAUCCUCCAUGGCCAGGGCCUUCCUUCUCAUCAAACGGAACUAGAGCUGAUUUGUGUGCAUGGAGCGUGGGACCGUGUAGUGAGCUGUCAGCCAGUGGACUGCGGCCCACCUCCUCAGUCUCACGUCUACUUUGCCUCCUUCUCGUGUCCCUGGGGCACCACAUUCGGCAAGCAGUGCACCUUUUCCUGUAACGCCCCGGCGAUCCUGCAAGGUGAAAGUGACACAUUGGUUUGUCUUGAGGAUGGACUAUGGUCAUAUCCAGAGGCUUACUGCAAGAUUGAGUGUCCGGAUCCACCUCCUGUACCCAAUGCCACACUGCUAGUUCCUCAGUGUCAUGGAGGCAGGCAUGACGUGGGCACUGUGUGCCGCUACAAAUGCAACCCAGGAUAUUACGUCACUGGCACGCUCAACAAAAAGCCAAGAAAGAAGUUUCUGAGGUUGGAGUGUUUGGAGGGUGGGAUGUGGCAAGAGGGCAGCUGUUCACCUGUCACAUGCUCUCCUCUCCCGCUGAUGUUUGAGGGCAUGUACACCUGCACCAACAAUUUGGAUUUUGAUAGUAUCUGCACCCUACGGUGUCCCGAUCCAACAGAAAGGUCCAGCAUUCGAUGCACCAAAGAUGGCAAAUGGACUGAGGACUUUACUAUGUGUAAGAAGAUAGAUGGACCGUGCCAGCCUCCUCUUGACCUUAACCUAGUGGAAUACAGCUGUGAGGAGGGCUUUGACGUGGGUGCAGUCUGUUACCCAACCUGCAUUGUGGCCUUGAGUGACCCUGUGGUGUUAGCCAAUGGCUCCAGCGCUGAUACAGUAGAGCACUGGAUGCUUCCCAGCAAGGUUCAGAGUAUUGUCUGUACUGGCAUGUUGAAGUGGCAUCCAAAUCCAGCACAGAUCCACUGCAUUCAGUCCUGUGAGCCAUUUGGAGGAGAUGGUUGGUGCGACACUAUUAACAACCGAGCGUACUGCCAGUAUGACGGGGGAGACUGCUGUCCAUCCACUCUCUCUUCUAGAAAGGUCAUUCAAUUCGGGGUGGACUGCGAUCACGAUGAGUGCACUUGCCGUGACCCCGAAGCCGAAGAGAACAAGGGCACAGCCAAGGGAAAGGAGCCAGGAGCGCUGUGAAUGAUAGCGAAGCGGAGAGCGUGGACAGCUCUCAGAUUGGCUUGAAAAGAAAAUGUCAAACAAUAACCUGAAUGUUUCUCACUCCACAUGAGAGCGAGGCUGAUCAAAGGCAGUAAUUCAAACCAUAGAAGUGCAUAAAAACAAUCCUCUUCAACACUAAUCUAUGAAAUAAUACCUAAUAUAUUUUCAAGAUCUCUAACAUAGAUGUAGAUGUAGAUAUGACCCAUAUUUUAGCCCACAAGCAUUUACGUACACCAUCACACACACACACACACACACACACAGAAAUGUUUCAAGUGUAGCUGAUUUUUAUGAAUAUUUUAUACAAUUAACUCUUGCUUGUUGUGAGCCACAUUCUCAAUAUUAUUUCCACCUAUAUGUCAUUAAUACAGGUAUAUAAACAAUUGCUUAUCUCAGACUGUCAGUUCAAGAUUUCAAGAUUUUUUUUCUUCUCCUUAUCCUUAUUUUAUACCCUCUACGUGUACAUGCAAAACCUGUGAAAUGCAUGUGUGCUUUGGGAAAAGAGAUCAUUUAUAGCGAUUGUAAUGGAAAUAUAUGAUACUAUUUUUGUAUGCUCUUCUGUCUGUUAAAGUGUAGGAUCACUGUCAUAUCAAUAAAGUAUAAAUACA